GGCGGCAUUGUGGGAUAGUGUUAGAGGCGAGCGGAUGGUGAAAGGCGGCCCUGGCGAAAUGGCGGACGUUCAUAGCCAGGAGGAAGAGGCGGACUGGCGCCGGAAUGAGCGACUGACGGCUACCUUGGAGGAAGAUCAGGAAGCUGCAGAUUCUUCUGAAAAAAGUGGAAAUGAAGAGAAUGGGGAAGUGUCGGAUGAAAAUCGAGAUCCAAAUACAGCCGCAAGCAAAUCCAUUAAACACAAGAAAAAGAAACACAAGCAUCGGAGUAAACACAAGAAGCAUAAGCAUUCUUCAGAAGAUGACAAGGAGCGAAAACAUAAGCACAAACACAAGCAUAAAAAGCAUAAAAGGAAAGAGAGUGAAGGCUUUGAGAAGGAUGGUGAUCACACAAUAAAAAGACCUAAAUUAGAUGAUUAUGCUCUUUUGGAGGACUUAGAAAAACAAAGGGCAAUGAUAAAAGCCGAAUUGGACAGUGAACUAAUGGGAGGGAAGGUUCAGUCUGGCAUGGGUUUAAUUCUGCAGGGUUAUGUUUCUGACUCUGAGGAAGAGGGGGAAAUCCACGAGAAGACUCGGAAUGGUGAAAGAGUUGCAUCCAAUCGUGACGUUUCUGAAAUCUUGCCUGUUAGGGACAACAAAGUUAAACGAGAGCCCAUAGAAUCCAAGCCUGUUUCAAAGAGACGAAGUAAAAGUAGAUCAAAAGACAGGACUAAACAUACCAAAUCUGAGAAAAAGAAAAAUAGGCUGAGUUCGGAACACAAAAAAGAGAAAGAGAAAACAAGAAGUAAAUCACACGAGCGAAAGCGUUCAAGGAGUCCCAUCAAAAGCAGUAAGCCUGGAGAAAAACCAAGGUCUCCAACAUCUGUGAAAAGACGAUCUCAAGAAAAGAGUAAAAAAUCAACUCCAGCUGAAGAUGGGACAAAGUCAAAGGAUCGCAAGAAUGUAACAAAUGAAAGCAAAACAAAGGAACGGAAUAAAAAAUCAAAAUCUCCUCCAGUGAAAAGGAGCAAGUCAGGAGAGAGAAGUCAGAGAUCCAAGUCCAAAGACCGUGAAAAGAGAUCUAGAAAAUCUGAGAUGGAGAGGGAAAAAAAGUCUCUGAAGUCUCCAUCCAAGGAUGUUCCUUCUGGGAAGGAGAAUCGAUCACCACUCAAGAAACAUGCACUUUCUCCCAAAAGGAAAAGCCUUUCUCCAAAACAACAUAGAGAAAAGUCAUCCAAACAUAGCCGAUCACCCAUUAUUAAUGAUCGUGCGCCUAAAAAGAGUCAGUCUCCUUCACGGAAUAUGUCCCCACCAAGAAGAGCUAAAAGUAGAUCUAUAGAACAGAGGCGGAGGGAGAGUGAACGAACAAGAGCUUUGUCUCCAAGAACAAGGUCACGAGAUGAACCAGCAAGUAGACUAGAGCGAUCCAGAGAUGUAAGCUCCUGUCGGCGGUCUCCAGCACGGAGAAGAGCCAGCAGAUCUCCUAUCCGGAGGAGAUCUCGUUCACUCCUCAGACGAAGUCGAUCUCCAAGGAGACGAAGUCGAUCAAGGAGGAGGUCUCUGGAGAGAGACUGGAAUCGAAGAAGCAGAUCUCGCAGAAGGCGAUCGAGGUCACGAGAUCGACGCAGACGUAGAAGUGGAAGCAGGGACAAAGAAGACAAAUUUAAAGGAAGUCUUUCUGAAGGAAUGAAAGUUGAACAAGAAUCCUCUGACGAAAAUCUUGAGGAUUUUGAUGUAGAGGAGGAAGACGAAGAAGCCGUUAUCCAACAAAGGCGUGAACAGAGACUGGCAAUUGUUCAGAAAUAUAGAAACCCAAAUGAAGACAGCAACAUGUCUGGAUUGUCUGAACCAAACAGUCCUCAGAGCAGCACUAGAAGCCGCUCUCCUUCUCCUGAUGACAUUUUUGAGCGAGCUGCAGCUGAUGUCAAGGAGUACGAAAGGGAGAAUGUUGAUACCUUUGAGGCUUCUGUGAAUGCUAAACGCAACCUCAUGGCACUAGAGCAAAAAGAAGGAGCUACUUUGAAAAAGCCAACGGUUCCAGAUAUGUUUACUGAAUCUGAUGACAUGUUUGCUGCUUACUUUGAUAGUGCUCAUCUGAGAGCUGCUGGGUUUGGAAAGGAUUUCAAAGAAAAUCCCAAUCUCAGGGAUAACUGGACUGAUGCAGAAGGCUACUAUCGUGUAAAUAUUGGGGAAGUUCUUGAUAAACGUUACAGUGUAUAUGGCUACACUGGUCAAGGAGUUUUCAGUAAUGUCGUACGUGCCAGAGACAUGGCAAGAGCUAGCCAGGAGGUGGCAGUCAAAAUCAUCAGGAACAAUGAACUCAUGCAAAAGACUGGUUUGAAGGAGCUAGAGUUCCUGAAGAAGUUGAAUGAUGCAGAUCCUGAUGAUAAGUUCCAUUGCCUGAGACUUUUUAGACACUUCUACCACAAGCAACAUCUUUGCUUGGUCUUUGAGCCUUUGAGUAUGAACUUACGUGAAGUGUUGAAAAAAUAUGGGAAGGAUGUUGGCCUUCAUAUAAAGGCUGUAAGAUCAUACAGUCAGCAGCUUUUCCUAGCUCUGAAACUAUUGAAGAGAUGUAACAUCCUUCAUGCUGAUAUCAAACCUGACAACAUUUUGGUAAAUGAAUCCAAAACCAUCCUGAAGCUGUGUGACUUUGGCUCAGCUUCACAUGUAGCUGAUAACGAUAUAACGCCAUACCUCGUCAGCAGAUUUUACCGAGCCCCUGAAAUUAUUAUUGGGAAGGUUUAUGAUUACGCCAUAGACUUGUGGUCCGUUGGUUGCACGCUUUAUGAACUUUACACAGGAAAAAUUCUAUUUCCUGGCAAAACUAAUAAUCAUAUGCUGAAACUUAUGAUGGACCUAAAGGGCAAAAUGCCAAAUAAGAUGAUUAGAAAAGGUGUUUUCAAGGACCAACACUUCGAUCAGAAUCUGAACUUCAUGUACAUUGAAGUGGAUAAAGUGACAGAAAGGGAGAAAGUCACUGUUAUGAGCACUAUUAACUCUACUAAGGACCUGUUGUCUGACAUGAUUGGUUGUCAGCGUUUGCCAGAAGACCAGCGUAAAAAAGUUCACCAGCUCAAAGACUUGCUGGAGCAGAUUCUUAUGUUAGACCCAGCUAAACGUGUCAGCAUUAACCAGGCACUGCAACACCCAUUCAUUCAGGAGAAGAUUUAAUCGGAGGAUUUAACGGGUUUGAGCAAUUAAACAAAGACUGGAAAAGUCAGAAAAGUAUUUUAGUAUAUGUGAAACACGAUGUUUACCAUGAAAUAUGCAUGAAGUUAAGUUAAAAGAGAAAUGUUAUUUCUAGUAGGAAUAUGAGUCACUGUAAAUAUAAUGAUUUGUUUUUUCCAAAUGUUUUCUUCAUACUUUCACUGUAGUUUUGUUGAAUUGUUUUAACAGCUAAGGCUGCACACAAACUGUUUAUAAAGAAAAGUUAUUUUAAGAUCUUGUAAGCACUGGUGUUUUUGGAGAAGAAUUUUGGCUGCAGUUCUUCAAAAUACACCUUUUUUGUUUUUGUGCAGGCUUAGCCCAUCCUUGUCUGUGUAACAAUGGCCGAGGUAAAAUGAUGUUUAUAUUCACAUUUUCCUAGGUGUGUGUACGCAGGCCAGCAUGCCCUUGGUGUACUCAGUGCCGAAGGGGUCUGUCCCUACCUGUGCCUGCUCGCAGGGAUGGUCACAUCAUUUAAAGCAGGUUGUGUACCACUUUCAGUACACUGAAGGUAAGCUAAACCAUCAACAUUACUGGUGUAUUAGCAUUCAUUGUCACAAAUAGACACAGCUCAUGAAUGGGAAGUAUUAGCAUCAUGGCGGAAUGCCUUGCAUGCUGGCGAAUGUGAUGAUAUUAACUAGCUUGUGAAUUUGCUAAUGUAGUGCUGAAACUAUGCCAAUUUAUAGACUUCAGUGCAGGCAAGCUUGAUGAUAUAGCACCUUCAGUGUACUGUUUUUCACCAUUUGACACUGUUAUAGAAUUGUGGUAGAAAUUUGUCAAUGCCAUAAAAUUCUGUUUUAGUAAAUCUGUACCUAUAGUCCAUUAAUAAACAGAAACAGUUUCAUUUAGUCAUUGAAAUGGAAAAAAAUUGGGAUUUUAUAUUUCUUUGUAGAUGGCUAAAAUAUGACACGCUGAAUUUUUAAAAAUUAAAGUUAAGAAAUUGUUUUACAGUAAGAAUUUCCUUUGCUACGUUAUGUGCAUUGGUUUCAUUAUUUGUGAUCAUGUUGUCUCUCAAUACAGGCAUACAUAACCUUCCACUCUUGAGCAAAGAAGCUGCUUUUUAAAGCGGUAAUUGCUUCUUUACCUUUUUUCUUUUGUACAUUUAAUUUGGCAUUUAGUUUUUUUUUUAAGAUGAGUUGUGAUGACUUUGAAUUGUAGCUCUGCACUUAGCCCCUUCACUGGCGCAAGUCAACAUUGGCUUCAGACUGACCGGAUUUGUGAACCCUUGGGUUUCUGAUUGCAUGGUAGUUUGUUUUGGAUUCAGUAAGCCAUUGUGCUUCUGGGGGCAAUUCAUUCCUAAAAUGGGCAUAAACGUUUGUUAUCUCUUUUAUGAAAUCAACCCACAAAGAAAUGGAACCUUUUAAUGGCUAGUGGAUCAGAGCUUAGUGUUGUACAAAUGCCUUCUUACACUUAAUGACCAGUGAAGGAGCUAAAAUAAUUGCACAAUGCCUUUGCUUAUAUAUAGAAAAGGUAAGUUGGGGCAUUUUGUCAGACAGCAGCACACUCCUCCCACACCUAAAGUUGCCCAUGCAGAAUACUGAAUGAUUUUGGUUGUGCAUUUAUAAAUACAUCGGUAAAUAAAGUGUUCAUUUUGAACAAGCAUUAUAGCCAUUUCGCAGUGGUCCAAACGUGCAGUCAAGUCUCUCUACAAAUAUAAAACUACAGUGGUGACUUGCUGAUCUGAUCUGUUUUUUUAAUUUUAUUUUAUUAUCCCAAUUGUCUUCGUAUGAGAUGUUUAACGAGCGUCAUUUUCUAUGUAAAUGUGACAUUUUUAUCCAACUACCUUUUUGUACAAAGUAAAAAAAGUAAGAUUAUCAAGUCACAAAUCAAUGCACUCAACGUAAAUUGCCUUUAGUUGCUGUAAGCCUUUCACUUACUAUUUCAAAAAAAAAUAAAAACUGGUUUUAAAAAAAGGAUUUAUGCAAAGGAGUAGUUGAUCAGUUUUCUAGUGUCUCUUCUUCACUAAGUUCAGUUAAUGUUAUAACUUACUGUGGAAGUAACAGUUAAAAGUGGAUGUUGCAUAUUGGAAAUCAGUGUCUCAGUAAUGCCAGUUAAAGGUCACCACAAUUCACAAAGCUGUUUGGAAGUCUGAUCCAGUUAUCCUGUUACUGCAAAAUAACUAAUGUUUUGUACUGUUUUCUUACUUCCCUUCGAUGGUGCUGAGAGAGAAAGGAAAGCAAGUUAUGUUGCUAUGCUGGGAGGCAACAGGCCACGCCGCCUAUUCCAUGGGCCUACUUUGAAUGAGACACCUCCUUCACCUUCUCCACAAGGUCAUUUCUGACGGCAUGCCUAGAUAAGCAUUUCAUACCAGAUGAAAAGUGCAUUUCUUGCAACUAUUAUCUUUAAAGAAAUUUUUUGAAUAGCUGACACUUCUAAGGAUUCUUUGCUUUGCUGCAGUUGAAUUGUGAUGUAUGUAAAAAAAAAUGUAAAAUUUUAAGUUUGUGAGCAUCAGACUUGAGGUGUUUAUUCAAGAAAAUUAUUUAAGUUCCUUAUUGUUAUGCAGAAUUUUUUCACAGGCUUUUUUUUUUAAAAAUCACAGCAAAACUUUAAGGGAUCAAGGUGUUUCUUUACUUGUUCUCUGUCUCUUAGGUGCACCCUGAUGGGAGACGAUGCAUGUUGCAAGAAAAUGAAGACUGAAUUAAGGUUUCUGUCCCCUAAAGACAACACUUACAGUGACUUUAAGUAACUGGAAUAUCACUGUUUACUGGUGAUUUCUCAAUUAAAGUAGUGUCUUCGGAGUCCUUCAGUGCUAAAUUUCAGCUGACAAGGACCACUAUUUUAUCUUUUAUUGUUACCCUUCAAGUGAAAGAUUGACAAAUUAUUUACAGGUUUAAAUGAAUCGUGCAGACUUUAAAUUGAAUUUAGCUCUUAGGUAGUUCCUUUGACAAAGAAUGCUACUGCAAGCCUGGUCUACAGUUGCCUUUUAAUAUCAAGGAGCCUGACAUUUAGAUCUUUACCAAUGAUUAAUGAUUUCAGAAACCAAAGUACUCCUUAUUAGUGUUGCCUUUUAUUGGGAAGGAAAUGAUUUACUUCAAGUUUAGUAAGAUUUUUAGAAGUUAAAAUUCUGUAAGCCCAACUUUAACAUUGCAUGCAAUGUCUAGUAAAUUUUGGCUUAAGACUUCUGUAUUCUGACGAAUAUGGCAUCACUAGUGAUAUUCUUUUUGCAGGAUCUUUUUAGGUCUAUAUAAAAACUUUUUAGUGUACAUCAGAAUUGAUACAGCAGUUAAUCCACAUUUCAAUUAUCAUUCUGAAUGACCUAGUUAAAAUUAUGUCAGAGUAUCCAGUUUUGACCCCCAUUUCUCAUUGACCAGUUAAAUAUUUACUAUAAGCACUUUUUGGUACAGGGAAUUUAUUAUAACCAAGCUGUGUUGCAAGUUGAGGGGUGAUUCAUAAGUAAACUUGUUUAAUGUUUGAAUCAUGUAAUACUAUUUUCUUAUUCUGUGUUUUAUUUCAUAGGUAGGGAUCACAAAUGUAAAAUGCCUAUUCCUGCGAACGAUGAUUCAUUAUCUUAGCUUCAACACAAGUUACUGACAGCAAAGAAUUCUUCAGUAUUGAAUGAAAGUGAAGACGCUGGUUUCACAGCUUAUUUUUCAAUACGGUUAUGCAUAAGAGUAUAAUUGUAUUGCUGUAUGUUGAAAUAUUCACUUUAAAUUGCAGAAAUGUGUAUGUAUUGCAAGAAUUCACCUGUUUUACUAAUCUUGGGAAACUGAUCAUUUUAAAACACCAACAAGCCCCAAGAAAUCUUAAACUUGACAUCUUGGUGGUGAACAUGAAUGCCCAUUUCUAGGUGUUGAAACCAAAGUAAUGUGUGCAUUUUGUAUUGUCUAACUGGAAUAUUGUAAAUUUAACAUUUUAGCAACACAGUAUUUUGUUAAUUGCUUUGAGUCGGUUUCAUUAAAAGAAUUUGGUAUCAAA